GCAGUCACAGUCGCCAAGAAAAGCAGAAGGGACGCUCAUCGGCGUUCAGGGACAUCGGCCAGAUCUGGACUGGAGGCCUCCCAGCGCUGCAGCGAUACAUACAUGUAGUUCUUCCCGAGGGUUUGGUUGGGCUCGAUCGAAUGUACACUUCCAAGCCCGCUUGAAUCCGUCAUCAUAUCGAUCCGCAGGGAAGACUGAGAAUAAACUCAAGAUGGUACGAUUAUCGUCGACUGGCACCGCUGCUGAAGCUGGAAAGGCAAGCGCAGCUCGGUGCGUAUUGCUCUUCCUAUCGUGCACUGCUAUCUGUUUUGCCCACCUAGCAUCGGCUGCAGAAGCGGCCAAAGCCCUCCCAGAGAAGCCCAACAUCAUCGUUAUCUAUGGCGAUGAUGUCGGAUACGGCGAUCUCAACGUCUAUGGGCACCCGACGUCCAGAACGCCUAAUUUGGAUAGAAUGGCCGAGGAAGGCAUGCGGAUCACCAGCUUCUAUUCGGCUGCGCCGGUCUGCUCGCCAUCGCGUGCCUCGCUAAUGACUGGCAGGCUGUUCCCAAGGACUGGUGUCUACUCCAGCAACAACACGAAAUCCGCCACGGGGUCAAUGACGUUUACUAGCUCAUCCAACACGGGAAUGCUGCUGAACGAAAUCACACUGCCCCAGCAGCUGGGCAAGUGUGGUUAUGUGUCCGGUAUGGUUGGCAAAUGGCAUCUUGGAGUCACCGAACCCUACUUGCCAAUUAACCGAGGCUUCGACAGCUAUUUCGGCUGUCCGCUUACCCCCAUCGGCUGCAAUUCAACGGCAUACAAUAAGUCAGCGACCACCGGCUCCUGCAUGCUGUUUGUGAAUCAUACUAUCACGGAGCAACCGACAGACAUUAGAAACAUUGACGUUCGGUACGUGGAGAACACACUGAACUUCAUCAGCACCAACCAGCACCGUCCGUUCUUCUUCUACUUCUCCUCUCACCACACUCACAUGCCGCAGUUUGCAUCCGACACGUACCUGAACACUACCCAGCGUGGUCUGUUUGGAGAUAGUCUUGCCGAACUCGACUACAGUGUCGGUGCUAUCCUGGACCAUGUGACACAGCUGGGCAUAGCCAAUCGUACUCUGGUGAUCUUCUCGGCAGACAACGGGCCGGCCCUGAUCAGCCAGCAGCUAGGCGGUGAGCAAGGUCCACUGAAGUGUGGCAAGGGCACGACUUACGAGGGCGGUGUACGUGAGCCAGGCAUAUUCUGGUGGCCUGGUGUGAUUGCGGCUGGGCGCCUUAGCUACGCCCUGGCCAGUACGAUGGACAUAUUCCCCACGGCGGUGUCGCUAGCCGGGGGACAGCUACCAGCGGACAGAGCCAUGGACGGUUUGGACAUCACCAAGCUGUUGACUGGUGAGUCGGCCGGACCUCGGUACUACAACAUCUACUACAGCGGGCAUGUGUUGAUGGCCGUUAGAUUGCAUCAGCACAAAGCCCAUUUCUUCACAAUGGGUAGCCACUGUCUGCCAACCUACCCGGACAAAGAUUGUCAUAACAAUGCAUCUCUAGAGUAUCACGACCCACCCUUGCUUUUCGACGUAAACCAGGACCCAAAGGAGCGAUACCCUCUAGACACCAAGCUUCACAAGGUACCGCUGCAAAAGAUGCAAGCUCUCCUAGCGGAGCACAACAAGACGAUGACAUUUGGCCCGGCACAGUGCGACCAGGGAAACGAUCCGAAAAAGAACUUUCCCUGCUGCAGUCCGGAGUGCACACCGCGGCCAUCAUGCUGCAAGUGCCCCACUGCAAAGCACAUCCCCGGUCUUCACACGACUGCAAGAAGAUCGCACGUUGCCGCUGCUGCUGGGCAAGAUGAUCUGGACAGCAUGAGAAUACUGAUAUGACGCAGCACCAAAUGGAAAGAACUCCUGAUAGCUCACACAGGCAACUGACAGACACAAUGAAGGUGACUUUGACUUCAAUCCUUUCUUAGUUCUAGCUUUGUCCUGUGCCAUUUAAAGUUGAUUUAGUACAUGUAGCUCAAACAUCAAUCCAUUCUAGCUGUCAAGUCAAUACAUUUUCAGAUUUCAUUUUACAGACAGCUAUCAAACCAGCUGCAGAGCUAAACAGCAACAGCUUCUUGUACCUAUUCAUUUACUUCAACAAACUGAAAGUAUGAUGUUGAUGGUGAUGAUGUGUUUGUCAAGCUGUCAAUGCAGCAGACCAGGAA